GCUAGCCCAUGCAGGGUGCCUACCCCCGACUGUUUUCUCCUCACGUGGGUCCUCCCUUGAGAAUUUAGUUUUUCUUCUAAUCGUUCUUUUUCUUUUAUCGUCCUGUGAGUUGCGAGUGUGAGUGCCGUGGUUUUGGGGGGGUUUUUGCGUUUGGGGAAGGAUGAGUAACGCUAAGGAGAAGGAGAUCGAGGCCGGAAAUGUGCCCGAGGAGGACGACUACUGCCUUCAACUUCCUCGAUCUCUCAGCAUCGAGGAGAAGAAGUAUCUUCUGGCUGUCGAGAGGGGCGACUUGGCUAAUGUCAAACGCAUGCUGCAACUUGCUGCUAGACCUAAUAAAGCAAAGUCCAUCGAUGUUAACUGUGUGGACAGUCUCGGAAGAGGUGCCCUGACGCUUGCUAUCGAGUCUGAAAACCUGGAAAUGGUAGAAUUGCUGGUAGUUAUGGGAGUCGAGACUCGUGACUCCCUCCUCUACGCAAUUGAUCAGGAGUUUGUCGAGGCGGUUGAGUUACUCCUGGAGCACGAAGAACUGCUGAGGAGCUCCGAGCUCAGUCAACAUCCAGGGGCGAAAGAAAUAACACACAGUUGGCAGAGAAUCGAUCCAGCCGCCGCUAGGUAUCCGCCGGAGAUGACACCCCUCGUGCUAGCUGCUCAGAGAAAUAAUUAUGAGAUACUCAAGUUGCUGCUGGACAGAGGGGCCACUCUACCCAUGCCUCAUGACGUCAGGUGCGGCUGUGAUGACUGUCUUCGUGCUGCAACUGGAGAUCCUCUCAGACUGUCAUCCACCCGAAUUUCCGAGUACAAGGCAUUGGCCAGUCCCAGUUUGAUAGCCCUGAGCUCCCCAGAUCCCCUGAUGACAGCUUUUCAACUGAGUUGGGAGUUACGACUACUGGCGGUAUCCGAACCCGAAAGUCGCGCCGAAUAUCUGAAGCUCCGAAAACAAGUGGAAAAAUUCGCCGUUGAUUUACUGCAUCAGACCCGCACCACAGCGGAAUUAAACACAAUAUUGAACCACGACCCAGAGGCAAGUGCAACAGAACCCGGCAAACAACUGGCUAAACUCGAACUCGCUGUACAAUACAAGCAAAAGAGUUUUGUGUCCCAUUCACACAUUCAGCAGCUUUUGGCUGCUAUCUGGUACGAAGGCGUUCCUGGUUUUCGAAGAAUGUCCACAAUGCAGAGAAUUGGAAUCGUUAUCAAAACAGCACUUCUAUUUCCAGUUUAUUGUCUUAUCUACUGGUUCGCACCGGAGUCAAAGACUGGAACCCUUAUGCGACGGCCUUUCAUGAAAUUCUUGGUUCAUGCGUCAUCGUAUCUCUUCUUUCUUCUCCUUCUGAUGCUGGUGUCGCAGCGCGCGGAGGUCCAGAUAAUCCGUUACCUCGGCACCGAGUCGAUGAAGCGCCAACUCCAAGAGGACCUCCUAAAGCAACGAGGAGCAGGUCCCACCCCCUUGGAAUGUCUCGUCGUCGUCUACGUCCUGGGUUUCAUCUGGCAGGAGACCCGCGAGGUCUUCGGGGACGGUCUGAGGGCCUACCUCCGUGACCUCUGGAACUUCAUAGACUUCACCAGGAACUCGCUGUACGUCGGGACGUUCCUCCUGCGCUUCGCCGCCUACGUCCAGCAGAUAUCCGAGAUAAGCAACGACGAGUCGGCCAGGUACAUCCCCAGAGAGCAGUGGAGUGACUUCGACCCGCAGCUGAUAGCCGAGGGCCUGUUCGCAGCGGCCAACGUCUUCAGCGCCCUCAAACUGGUCCACCUCUUCAGCAUAAAUCCCCACCUUGGACCCCUGCAGAUAUCCCUCGGUCGAAUGGUCAUCGACAUUGUUAAAUUCUUCUUCAUCUACACUCUCGUCCUCUUCGCCUUCGCCUGCGGGCUCAACCAGCUGCUCUGGUACUUCGCGGAGCUUGAGCAGCGCAAGUGCUACGUGGGCUAUGGCACAGACCCCGACUGGGACAUGGCCAGUGACGCCUGCCUCAGGUGGCGAACGUUCUCCAAUUUAUUCGAGUCCUGUCAGUCACUCUUCUGGGCGUCCUUCGGUGGCAUUGGCAUCGACAGCUUCGCACUCACCGGCAUCAAGUCCUACACUCGCUUCUGGGGACUCCUCAUGUUCGGUUCCUACUCGGUGAUCAACGUUAUUGUCCUUCUGAACCUCCUCAUCGCCAUGAUGAGCAACAGCUAUGCCAUGAUCGUCGAACACUCGGACGUCGAGUGGAAAUUCGCGAGGACUAAACUGUGGAUGAGUUACUUCGAGGAGUGCGGAACUCUGCCACCGCCGUUCAACAUUUUCCCACCCCCCAAGCUCUUCCUCCGGGUCUUUGGUCUCGCCAAAAAACCGACGAUUGGAAGGAACUCAUCGAGGUACAGGGGCAAGGAGCAUAAGUAUGGGUCCGUCAUGAGGGCACUCAUCUGGAGGUACGUCGUCAAUGCUCAUACCGAGCACGAAAUGUCGCCUGUUACUGAGGAUGAUGUGCACGAGGUCAAGAGUGACAUCUCCAGCUGGAGGUGCGAACUCUUGGACAUUCUCCAGCGCAAUGGCAUGGACAUUGGCUCGGUGAAUGUCAAGGAUAAUGCCGUUUUGGGGAAGAGGAUGAAGGUGUGGGAGAGGAGACUCAUGAAGGACUUCCAGGUGACGGCUCCUGUGGGGCUAGAAGAAAGCGAGAUGGACGAAACUGAACCGACAGAGCCCCCGACUGAUGAGGAAGCCCGGGAGAGAUGGAGGCGCGUGGCAAGGCUCGCUGUCCUCAAAUCGGCUGAUCGUCGGCACUCGUGGGGGCAGAUAGUCCAGUGUGCAGUGAAGAGUUCGCAAAUCGGCAAGAGUAACAGCAGGGCGUCGUUGCAGAGCCAGAAGAGCCUCCAGAAGGCGAUGGAGGAGGCGAGGAAACUGAGGUCGAGGUCGCCUCUGCCUGCUGUCAGUCCGAUAAAGCUUCCCACUACUGGAUCCAGUGAUAAUAUCCUUCGUGUGCUCAAGGACAUCAAUGAAGACGACAGGUCACGAUCGCAGUCUCCAGGGGCCUUCUCCCCUGACGUGUCCCCUGGGGGGAGGAUCGACUCCAAGAUGAUGGCAACUGUUGGAUAUGAGAAUGAGAAGGGAAGGAAGAGUCCGCAGCCCCUGCUUCCCUUUAAAUCAUCACCCCCGAAGGUCGUCAAACGAAAGGCCCCUGGGCUCGCUGUCUCUGGGGGCUCUGGAGGGCCUGGCGACACCGGUAUGACUGCCAGUGCACCCACGACUCGUCCAGGCAGUGCUGCAGACGUCAGCAGGAGACCAACGAGCCCUAAACCGAGACCCAACACUCUGGAUAAAGUAUCCCCGAGACCCAAAACUCCUCCUAAACUCGUGGUGUCUCCAGAGAAACACCAUCGAGGCUCCAGCCCUCGAGGGACAGCACCUGGAGGCGAUCCGUCCAUUGUCAGAAGCAGGCCGAGAGCUCCUGGGGUGCCUGCAAGUCCUAAAAAACUACCUGAGGUCACUGUCAUUCCGAGUACACCUAACAUGGCACCUCAGAGGAGUGAGGACAAGUGCAGACUGGUGAAUGUCGAGGCCAAGUCACCGAGAUUCAGGUCGCCGAGACGUGGGGGGUGGCUGUAAAUUCGAGGGAAGGGGACAAUGAAAUCACUUGAAGGUGAAUUUUUCGUGAGGACCUUUUCCGGAGAAAAAAAUGUGCUGGGAAAAUUUAUGGAGGGUCUCUAGAUUCGAAGAUAUUCAUCGAAAGCUCAUUCUUGAAUCAAUUAUUUGGAAGUCCGUGGAGAGGAGUCCCUGGAAGAAUUUUUUCCACUCAAUUUUCGAAAUGUUUUCCAACAAUAUAUCUUUACCAAUGUGAAAUGGAUGAUUGUAGCAAAAUUCGAUUCUAAACAUUGAAGAAAAAAAGACAGUCCUCUAUACAUAUUAAAAUUUAUUUAUUUUUCUGAUAACUACAUGUAACAUCUCUUACUUUACUGUUUCUUUCCCUUAGGAUUGAAUAAAAUGUGAUAAAUCUAAACUGAA